AUGGCAGAAAAGUUACGCGAGGCGGCCGCACGUGGCGACGUAGCGCGAGUUGCGCGACUCCUUGACGAAGAUAUUAAACCAUUGCCGGACGAGAAUGGCAGAAGCCCACUCUUAUUGGCAGCAGCAGCCGGCCACGUCGAUGUCUGCGAAACUCUGCUGCUUCGGGAACCCGACGUCAACUCUGCUGAUAACACCGGAGUCACACCCUUGCAGAGGGCUGCUUCCGAGGGCCAUUUGGAGAUAGUGGAGCUGUUGCUGAAGCACAGUGCCGAUGUUGCUCGUCAGGACAACGCGCAUGGAAAUUCAGCUCUGCACGAGGCAUCCUGGCGUGGAUACAGCCGCACGGUGGCCGCCCUGGCCAAGGCCCUCGGCACCCAACGGGCACCCUUGCACGCGAGGAAUCUCGCUGGAUUCGCGCCGCUCCACCUCGCCUGCCAAAACGGCCACAACCAAAGCUGCCGCGAGCUCCUGCUGGCGGGUUGCAAUCCCGACCUUCAAAACAACUACGGGGAUACACCGCUGCACACGUCCGCGAGGUAUGGACACGCCGGAGUGACGAGGAUACUCAUCUCCGCGCUUUGCCGAGUCUCGGAUCAAAACAAAAACGGCGACACGGCGCUGCACAUCGCGGCGGCGAUGGGACGUCGGAAGCUGACGAGGAUCCUGCUGGAGGCCAGCUGCGACCGUAGCCUGCGGAACAAGCAGGGGGAGACCGCGAAGGACAUAGCGCGGCGCAAGAACCUGACGGAGAUAUUGGAGAUAAUCGGUAAAGCGCGAAGCAAGAGCAGGACGCGGAGCAAGAGUCGCGAGGAGGAGACUACGCCGGCGACUGUGGACAAGGUCGACGGGAAGAGCNNCAGUAAGAACGAGAAGAAGCGAGAGAAGACCGGUAGUGGGACCAGCGGUAGCAGGGAUAGUUGCACGAAGAAGGAGAAAAAGAAGCACAAAUCGUCCGGUAAGCAGAACAAGGUCCACUUCGAGAAGGCCGUGAUGGGCAGGCAAUGGUCGCCGUACGGCUGCCACUACUACCCCGAUCCGGAAGCUUUUCCUCAGCCACGUUUGGACUCCCUGCCGCCGGAUCCCUUGGGUCGCGGGGAGCAGUAUUAUUUGGACCUGGCCGGGAACAUCAGGAAGGGCCCGGUGGGAGUUGGUUACACCUGCUACUGCGCGCCGUUCUUCAGGCACAUGGAGGCUAAGCUGGAGAGAGACAAGGCGGAGCUGAAGGCUCACAUCGAUCAGGCACACGAGAGAUUGGACUUGAAGGUGGCCAAUCUGGAAAGGAGAACCAGAGGUCAGAUCUCGGAGUUGACCAGAUGCGUGGCGGCUGAGAGGUCUAGGUGCGACGAGAGGCACAUGCACCUCCAGCAACGUCUCUCUAGAGGUGGCAAAGGCAGACACAGCGAAAGACCAGCCAAGGCUACGUUCGCAAAUGACCAGUCGUUCCCACCUGCCCGCGCCAGAUCCUUGGAGGAUCUUCUGGACGACAGACCUCACGAUAGAAGCUUCGAGAUCCCGGGUGAAACACCGAUUCAUCGUGGCAGCCUGGACGAUCUUGAUAUUCCGGCCAUACCGCGACUCAGCAAGUCCAUGAGGGAUCUUCCGUCCGGUUCUGGUGUCUCGAGGUCAACGCUGAGGGUGCUCGACGUGCCUGCUAGAUUAAACGAAACAUUCGACGGGGUGAUCAAGCAGGAUCGUAGCUCGCCGCUAGGCGCCGCCUCUUCGCCGUCGAUCGGAUCCAGGCAACAGGUCCAUCAGCAGCGCGUGAGUGAUUCGUCUCGAGAUCACGGGAUAAAUUCGUGCCAGGAUGAAAGUAGCGCGACGCGGAAGAACGAGGACAACUCGAACGAGUGGAAAUCUUCCGGACGACGAAGCGUUCACGAGAUGAUUAAGCGAUUUCAACAAGUACCUGGCAUGCAUAACGGGUGGCGGGCUCCACGCUCCGGAAGUAGCGAACCCACCAGUCCAGAGAACAGUCAGUGUUCCCAAAGUCAAAGGGUCCAGCCGCAAGGUGGUGUAGGAAACACUUGGCAUGGCGAAGGUAAUGACAGCGAGAGUAGCGAAGGAGACGACGACGAGCAACCAGAAGCAUUAAACGGAGGGAUCUCUGGAAAAGGAGUGAUAUCGGAGCACGUGCAUUACGACAGCAUCGCCAGAAUGCCAUAUAGGUCCCGUAAUGCGGUUUAUAGUCCAACGCCGCCUUUGCAUGACGCACACAAUGACUCCGGAUAUAGCACUCGCAUGUAUGGUUCUAGCAAAGGUGCUUCACCUUCGUUAUCAGGUCAAUUAGAAUGCGACGUGAUUCUUCCAACUAAUCCAAAUACAUUUCCCAGUGGAGAACAAUUGGCUGCACUGUUGGAACAACCGAGGAACCAUGAUCUUACAGUCUACGAGCGCGGUGCAGACAAUUGCGUUAUUAAUAUUGGAACUGCGAGUCUUGUUUAA